AUGUCAUCCUUCAAGCUCCUCGUGGCUCUCAUUCCCGCCCUCGCUGCCGCCGCCUGCGUCGGCCCCGCCGUCAACGACGCAACCCUGGACCUGCUCAAGGGCUAUGAGAAGAUGAUCCCCAACCCCUACGACGACGGCUACGGAAAUCCCACCAUUGGAUACGGCCACCUAUGUCAGGAUUCUUCCUGUUCGGACGUCUCCUACUCGCAGCCUCUCACUGAAGAAACUGCAACGAAGCUGUUGGCUGAUGACUUGGAGGGCUUCCAAGACGCCGUCACAAACGCCCUCGCCGACGCCGUGACUCUCAACGACAACCAAUACGGCGCUCUCGUCUCGUGGACAUUCAACGUCGGCGCGGGCGGCAUGCAAUCGUCCUCGCUCGUCCGACGGAUGAAUAACGGCGAAGACGUGGAUGUUGUUGCGCAGGAGGAGUUGCCCAAGUGGGUGCACGCGAACGGCGAGGUCUCGGAGGGUCUGGUGAAUCGUCGAAAUGCCGAGUUGGAGUUGUUCGCAACUGCCAGUAAGGGAGAGGCGUUGCCUGCUCCUUGCUAG